UCUCUUUCUCUCAUUCACUGCCAGCGAAAGCCUAACACAAAGCAAAGCGCUGGCGAUGAGCGCAAAGCAGAGCACAGGGAGGACAGGGAGGAGGAUGUGGAUGUGAGGAGAGCGCGUGCGUGUCUCUCCUCUCAGCACUUCUUUCGCAUCCUUUUUGCGACCAUUUUUUUGCUUUCCAUUCGAGAAUCCAUUUUCUCUUUCCAUUCGCGCCUUCUCUCAAUCUUUGGCCACUUUCGCCGCCGAAACCCAAGCCGUCGCCAAAGCGUCCAUUUUGUGCUCAUUUCGCGCGUCAUGUCCGCCAAAGAGGAGCUUCGGUGAGUUCUUGAGUGCGCUUUUGGUGGAGAGGAAAGGGAGGAAAGGCUGCCGACGCCCAUCACAGCACUAGAGAGCGAGAACUCAGAGACACAAUAGCGGCCGGAAUCGCGGGAAUCUGCGGAGCGAUGGGGUGCGCGAUGUCCGCCGAGGAGAGGGCGGCGCUGGCGCGCAGUAAACAGAUCGAGAAGAACCUGAAGGAAGACGGCAUUCAGGCCGCCAAAGACAUCAAACUCCUUCUACUCGGUGCGGGCGAGUCCGGCAAAUCGACGAUUGUCAAGCAAAUGAAAAUCAUUCACGACUCGGGAUUCACGACCGAAGACUUCAAACAAUACAAACCUGUCGUCUACUCGAAUACCAUUCAGUCAAUGGUCGCGAUUCUGCGCGCAAUGCCUAACCUCGGGAUCGCGUUUAGCGGCAAUGAGCGCGAAUCGGACGCCAAAAUGGUCUUCGAUGUGGUCUCGCGCAUGGAGGACACGGAACCCUUUUCCGACGACCUCUUGGCCGCCAUGAAGCGCCUGUGGGUCGACCAGGGCGUGCAGGAGUGCUUCGGCCGCUCCAACGAGUACCAGCUCAACGACUCGGCCAAAUACUUCCUCGACGACUUGGACCGCUUGGGGCGCAAGGAGUACAUGCCGACCGAACAGGACAUUCUGCGCACGCGCGUCAAGACGACGGGCAUCGUGGAGGUGCACUUCUCCUUCAAGAACCUCAACUUCAAGCUCUUCGAUGUCGGCGGCCAGCGCUCCGAACGCAAGAAGUGGAUCCACUGCUUCGAGGACGUGACGGCCAUCAUCUUCUGCGUCGCCAUGUCUGAGUACGACCAAGUGCUGCACGAGGACGAGACCACCAACCGCAUGCAGGAGUCGCUGAAGCUGUUCGACUCGAUUUGCAACAACAAGUGGUUUACCGACACUUCAAUCAUUCUGUUUCUCAACAAAAAGGAUUUGUUCGAAGAGAAGAUCAAGAAGUCGCCGCUCACCAUCUGCUUCCCCGAGUACACCGGCGCCCAGGAGUACGGCGAGGCCGCGGCCUACAUCCAGGCGCAGUUCGAGGCGAAGAACAAGUCGACGACCAAAGAGAUCUACUGUCACAUGACGUGCGCCACCGACACGACGAACAUCCAGUUCGUGUUCGACGCCGUCACUGACGUCAUCAUCGCCAACAACCUGCGCGGCUGCGGCCUCUACUGAGUGUCCGCUCAGAGACGGUUCGGAAGGGGAGCCGCACGGGACCAGACAUCGGGUUGUCAUGGCGACCCUGUAUGCAGUAUCUGCACCUCUUCUCAGUCUCUGAACCGAACUCUUGAUGUCUUCUUCGGUGUGUUUAGUGUCUCUGAACUCUUAGACUCUCUUCUCUUCUUCUCUACUCUUCUCUAUUGUUGUCUCAUUCGGUGUCCAUCGAAGCGGCGGACGCUCUGCGGCGCCGCGCACUUCGGCGUCCGUUUCCAUCGCGACCGCCGCCGACGCAAACAUCUCAACGUCUUUACUAUACGAACGCAUUAUUGCACGAGAAAUACAUGUAAACUAUAAUUCAAUAAACAAUUUAUCGAUAAUUCAAAACAAAA